AUGAUAACAAGCACAUUGGACGAAGCCCAAGUGAUAUGGUUUCCUUUGGCCUGUUGCCUAGUCAUAUCUCUUGUUCGUAGUGUUCUCUGGCCAAAAGUUCCAGACUCGCAGGAGCCUCCGGCCCUACAACCAAAGAUACCUUUCAUUGGUCAUUUGAUUGAUCUAAUCCAGAUGGGUUACAAGCAACAUGUCAAGAAUCACGAGAAAUUCAAUAUGACGGCAUACUCGUUGCCCAUCCUUGGAGGCAAGCUUUACGUGGCAUCUUCACCACAACUGGCAUCGUCCAUAUUCCAGAAGCGGACUCUUAGUUUCGAACCCCUGAUUGACACCUUUGUUCGCACUUUGGUAGGCAUGGAGGGCCGAGGAAUGGAUUUGUGGACGAACCCGGAGUUUCGUACCGCCAUCUUUAAGGUUCUCUACAAAGGACUGGCCGGACCUUCGUUGAUUGAUCUUACCAGAUCAGGGGUCAGCAAUUUAGCCACCUCUCUUGACGAAAUACCCUUUGACCAGCUCGAGCCAAGAGACUUCUACUGCUGGACUCGUGAGACAGUGUCGAGGGCCGUCAUGAGAGGCUUCUACGGGAAGUUGAGCCCUUGGGAGAACAGCGGAGUCAUGCAGAGUUUCUGGAUCUAUCACGAUGACAUGCACAGACUCUUCCCUGGGUUUGCCCCCUCUGUCAUCGCGUCCAAAGCAUUCAAAGCAAGAACGGAGGUUAUCGAAGCCUUGGAAGCGUACAUCAAGCGUGAGGAGGAUUUUGGCGCCGAAGUUCCUCAAUUCACCAAGGACAGAUUCGGUGCAGAACGAAAGUUCGGAAUGUCGAUCCACAACAGCGCCAAGAUUGAGAUUCUCCUAGCCACCGCUCUCGCCAACAUCUCCACGCUCGUCUUCUGGCUUCUUUCGAAUAUUUACAGCCAGCCAGACCUUUUGGCCAGUAUUCGGACAGAGCUUCUCAAUGCCGCGGUUACCGAGAAGCGAACUGAUCAAGACCAUAUCGAGAUGACACUUCACCUGAGGAAAAUCAAAGAGCACUGUCCACUACUCCUGUCUUCUGCGCAAGAGACAGAGCGACACAAUAUUGUCGAUAACAUCACACGAACGGUAAUGACAGACACGACGAUAUCGGACGACGACCGCUCGUACCUCCUCAAGAAAGGGAACAAUAUCCAGAUGCCGCUUAGCGUUCUACAUAGUGAUGAAAAAGUAUGGGGCGCCAACCCUGAAAGCUGGCAAGGUGACAGGUUUCUGGAACUGGGUUACAAUGCAUCAUCACCGCCUGGUUUCCUUCCUUUUGGAGGGGGCAAACAUGUCUGGUACGUGAAUUGA